AUGGAGAUGGUUUCACUUGGGGUGGCAAAAGAUAUGAUUCGUGGGUUCAUUCAAGACUUGAUCGGUGUUUUGGGAAUAAAGCCUGGUUCAGGAAAUUUCCUUGUUCUAAUCAGACUUUUAUGGAUAAAAGAGGAUCUGAUCAUCGGCCAUUGCUCAUUCACCUUAUCGAACCUCAAGAUUCUUACAGAGGAAACUUUAAAUUUGAUAAAAAGACUUUUGGAGGUUGAUGGGGUUAGAGAUAAUGUGGCUAAUGCAUGGGAUUUUGCAGGCAGUUAUCGUAAUGCGUCUGUCUCUUUUAGGUUGAAAGCCUGUAGAAGAUCCCUUCGUGGAUUGAAGCACACUGCAAACAUCAAUUCAAGGGAUAGGAUUACUCAGGCUCAGAUUGCUUUAGAACGGGAACAAUCUGUGCUUCAACCUUCCAUAGCUUCUAUUCAUUAUCUUAAGAGGGAGUUGAUUAGAGCGCAAAGAGAUGAAGAAAUUUUUUGGGUUGAGGUUUUCUCGGAAGCGGCGAAAGGAGAGGUUGCAGUGGAAUUUUAUCAUCAGCUGUUCCGAUCGUCAAAUCCUUCCCCUUUCGAUACUUGGUUCCAUGAUAUGUCUCCUAAAGUCUCUUCGCAAAUGAAUUUGGAUCUCGUUAAGGAUGUAUCUGCUUUGGAAGUUAAGGAGGCUGUCUUUUCCAUCAAUCCAUCGAAAGCUCCAGGGCCUGAUGGUAUGUCUGCACUUUUCUUCCAAAGGUUUUGGGACAUUAUAGAAGAACAGUUUGUUAAAGAGGUUCAAUUGUUCUUUAAGCAUGGCAUUCUCCCAAGAGAAUGGAACUAUACCCACCUUUUCUUGAUCCCAAAGAUACCUAAUCCUCAGGCUGUUUCUGAUUUAAGACCAAUAAGUCUUUGCUCCGUGGAGUAUAAGACGAUAUCGAAGAUACUGGUCAGACGAUUGCAACCAUGGCUUAAGGAGAUCAUCUCUCCAUCUCAAUCAGCUUUUGUUUCGGAGAGACUUAUGACUGAUAACAUUACGAUCGCACAUGAAAUGGUUCACUCUUUGGGCAUUGAUGAUGAUAUAGCUUCACAGCAGAUGGUUGUAAAAACAGACAUGUCAAAAGCUUACGAUCUUUUGAUUAAUGAUCAACCUCAUGGAAUGAUCACACCUCAAAGGGGACUCCGUCAAGGCGAUCCUCUAUCUCCUUUCCUGUUUGUUUUAUGUACGGAAGGCCUCGUUCAUCUUAUGUCCAGAGCAGAACGUGAGGGGCGUAUUAUGGGAAUGAGGUUUGGUGAUCAUGGACCUUCAAUAAAUCAUCUGCUGUUUGCAGAUGAUUCUCUAUUUUCGUGCAAGGAAAACGAGGUCGAAAGCUUGGAGUUAUUGUCGGUCCUUAACAGUUAUGGAAAGGCCACAGGACAGGUGAUCAAUCAUGCCAAAUCCUCUAUCAUUUUUGGGAAAAUGGUUAAGAAGGAAUUCAAAAUCAAGAUCAAAGAAUGUCUGGGGAUCGAAAAAGAGGGAGGAGAAGCAAAGUAUUUAGGCCUGCCUGAAGUUUUAAAAGGUUCUAAAGUCAAGCAUUUCUCCUAUAUCAAAGAACGGUUGUGUAAAACAAUCUCUGGGUGGCAUGCGAGAACCUUAGGCAAAGAAGUAUUGAUUAAGGCUGUCGCCUCUGCUCUUCCUGUGGCUGCUAUGUCGGUUUUUAAAUUCCCUAAAACCCUUAUAGCAAGGGGAAUGGGAUUCAGAGACCUUGAGUGCUUUAAUCAAGCGUUGUUAGCUAAACAGGCGUGGAGGAUCAUUGAUGAUGAUGAUUGUUUGAUGUCUCGUGUUAUGUGUGGUAAAUAUUUUGAGAACAAUAACUUCAUCAAUGCUUGUUUAGGACGAAGACCGUCGUAUGCUUGGAGAAGCAUCAUCUUUGGCAGGAACCUCUUAAAGCAAGGUAUGAAGCAUUUGGUUGGAAAUGGACAGACCAUUAAUGUGUGGUCGGAACCUUGGUUGGAAGAUGUGAAUGGUUUAUGUAGACCCCCGUUGGGAAGACAGAGACUCUUUAAUGUGAAUCUAAAAGUGGCAGAUGUGAUUAACCAUCAAACGGGGAGAUGGGAUGAAAGAAUAAUGGAAGAGAUCUUUGUGCCUGGUGACAUAGCGAUAUUGAGAAGAAACCAACCUAUGUCCCUGGAGAAAGAUUCUUGGGUGUGGCGUCAUACUAGAAGUGGGCUUUAUUCUGUUAAAACAGGGUAUGAUCUAGCUUUUCAGAAUCUUCAUAAGGUAUUGAUUGGUGAGCAGUCUGUUUGCCCAUCAAUUAACCCUCUCAAGGAAGAUGUUUGGAAACUUCUAACUUCAUCUAAGAUUAAAGGAUUUAUAUGGAAAGCUAUAUCAGGAGCAAUUUCUGUUUUCGACCAUUUACAGGAUAGAGGCCUGAAAUCUGAUAUCGUUUGCCAAACAUGUGGAGCAGAUGGAGAAUCAGUAAACCAUGUUUUGUUUCAGUGUACUUUUGCAAGACAGGUAUGGACGCUUUCUGGUUUUCCUAUCCCAAGAGGAGGUUUUGAUGAUGGUUCACUCUUUGCCAACAUCAACUAUCUCUUGGUUAAUUGGAAAAAACGGAAAGAGUUGUUACAAAUUUGUAGCAAAGCUUCUGAGGAAGCUGAGUUAUGGUAUGCUGCACAAGAUAUGGAUGGAAGAUGCUUCGGGGCUCAUAGGGAGCCUACUUUUAUAGAAGCGGCUGUAUGGAAAGCUCCCCCAAGAGAUGUGUUAAAAUGUAAUGUUGGGGUCGUGUGGGGGAAGAAAAAGAAUAUGGCUGGUGCUGUGUGGGUUCUGAGGGACUCAAGAGGAGAUGUUCUCCUUCAUAGUCGCCGAUCGUUUGCUCAGGUUGAUUCAAAAGAUCAUGCUCAGUACCUAGGUUUGGUCUGGGCCGUUGAAAGCAUGGUUAGUCAUAGAUGUCUGAGAGUUCACUUUUCAUUUGAAGGAGGGUGUUUUGUUAAUGCAAUUAACAGACCCAAAGCUUGGCCUUCCUUCAGGUCUAAAGUGGUGGAGAUUAGAAAUAUUCUCAGGAAUGUUUUGGUAUGGAGGGUGGAAAAUGAGCCGUUUGCUGCGAACAGGGAAGCUCGGAAUAUAGCUAUUACUGCUUUAAAAGAUGUUUGGUUUCAGUCUUAUGUUGCCAGGGGCUUUCCCAGAUGGUGUUCUUAA